UGGACAACCCCGAUCAAGCAAUUCUGACUUUACAGAAUCAGUCACAAAAAUGGCUUACUCUAAGCUCAGAAGCUCAUGUUCCUUCUCCAGUCUUCUACUUUCCUGCUUGAAUUUCACACUGUUCAUCCUCUCCUCAGCCUCUCUUGCGCCCAUAAUACUCCUCAGGAUGCCUCCGACUUCGAUGGGAAUGGCAUUACUCAUGGUCUCUUGCAUCUCAAUGCUAUCCUCCUUUGCGGGCUUCUAUUCUCAGCUCUCCCACUUUUGCUUCACAACCCACAUCUCACUUCUGCUGGCUUCAGUUAUCGGCCAAUUACUCAGUAUUUUGGCCUUAUUUACAAAAGAAAGAUCCAGCCUUUCCUUGCUCAAGUCGACAAGGGACCCCAGAGAGGCAAAGCUUUUGGUGAGGCUCGAAUGUGGGGUUUUGAUGGGAAUGUUCUUGAUGCAGUUAGUUGUCUUCGUGUUGAGCUGUGCAGUACACAGCUGUUGGUUGAGAGAAUACGAGGGACUGGAGGCAGAGAGAGAGGCAACGGCAAGGAAGAGAAGUAAGAGGAAUGCGAAAGUGCAGGAGGAAUCCAUGGCCAAUUCAGCAAAAAUUGCAGAGGUUAGAGCAAAGGAGUUGGAUGAGAAAAUGAAGAACAAGUAUCAUGUGCAGUGGGUUAAGACUGAUUUUGAAGGCUAAAAUCAUGUCCUAGCUAGAUCGUAUAAAUGUGAGUUUUCUGUCCAUUUUUUACUUUUUCAGGGAUCACUAUUGGUGUGGCCAAUUUGAGUGUGUGGAUGGAACAGGGGACUGUUCUUUUGGGAUGUGAGGGCUGUGUAGCAGUUAUGUACUAUUGUGUCUAUUGCCUCAUGUAGUUUUAACAUUUCUCUGUUAA